AUGUCGAACUCAAAAACAAGUGUAUCCCAGGCGAGUAGAGAUAAUAUCUCAGAAUCUCGCACUGUGAAAACAGUCAGCCUCACGGAUUCUGGGAGAGGCAAAAGUUCGAUGAUAUCAAAAACAAGGAAAGACAGAGAGCGCAUCAAGACAAAAACCCUAUACGUGUCCACUUUUAACGUAAGAACCCUAUCCACAGAUGACAAAUUAAUUGAGUUUGAGGAAGAGCUGAAAGGUGUUAACUGGCAUAUAAUUGGACUAUCCGAAGUGAGAAGGUGUGGAGAAAGUUGCACAACACUGCAAAAUGGACACACUCUCUACCACAGAGGCAACCAGACAAACAAGAUUAAUGGAGUGGGAUUUCUCGUAAACAAAAACAUAGUAAACAACAUUAUAGAAUAUAAAAGUAUAUCUGAGAGGGUGAUAUCGAUAGAUCUAAGAGUAAACAAAAGAUACACAUGUAAAAUAAUACAAGUAUACGCCCCGACAACAGAACAUGAAGAUGAGGAAGUAGAAGAAUUCUACGAGGAAAUCAAUCAGGUUUUGAAUAACAACACGGCUCACUAUGUUCUUAUGAUGGGUGACUUCAAUGCAAAAAUUGGAAUAAGAUCAGACCCACAAGAAAAAGGAGUAGGAGCAUUCGGAUCGGGAACACGUAAUGAAAGAGGAAAACUUCUACUGAAUUACGUUAAAGAAAACAACCUCCAUAUCAUGAACACCUACUUUAAGAAGAAAGAAAGCCGGCGGUGGACUUGGAAAAGCCCAAACGGAUUAAUCAAAAACGAAAUAGACUUCUUAAUAAGUAACAACAAAAACAUAGUACUAGAUACAAGUGUAGUAAACUCCGUUAAAAUGGGAAGUGACCACCGUAUGGUCAGAUCUAAGAUAUACUUCGAUACAAAAAUAGAACGAUACAAAUUGAUCUCAAAGGGACCCAAAGGUAUCAACACAGAGGAACUCAGAGUAAAACAGGAGCAAUACCAACGUCAACUAGAAAAUUGUAUCGAUCGAAAUAUGCUACACACCCAGUCUAUUAAUAUGCUAAACAACGAGAUCUCAAAGCAAAUCCAAGAAAUAGCACAUAACGUGGCAGGAAAUAAGAAAAAGAAAAAACUUCAGCUUUGCCAACAAACUCUGGAUCUAAUCAAAAAACGCAAGACGAUAAACCAAGAUAUUACAUUGAAUCAUAUAGAAGUCACGGAACUAAACAAGACAAUAAGAAAGAAAAUCCGACUCGAAACAAGGAAUUAUAAGAACCAGCAAGUUAGACAGACGCUAGAGGAGAGAAAAAGUUUGAAAGUACUGCAAAGGGAAUUUAAGAACAGGACCCACAUCACAAAGCUUGUAAAUGAGAACAACAUCGAAUGUACCAGGAUGGAAGAAUUAAAAGAAUUAACUGAGGCAUUUUAUCGAUCGCUAUACGAAAGCAAAGCCAAACCACCACUAGAAACAUCUUCUAAAGAACGACAGAAGGUAAUGAAUGUAGGCUCAGAAGAAAUCCCAGACAUAACAAGUGAGGAAAUUGAGAGAACCAUGUCCAAAAUGCCAAAAGGAAGAACAGCGGGAGGGGAUGGUAUAGUAUUGGAAAUGCUGAUCUAUGGAGGAGAAAUAGUUCUGGACAUUUUAAAAAUAUUAUACAAUAAAUGCCUGCUGGAGUGCGACGUCCCCGCAGACUGGAAGAACGCCCUAGUAGUUUUGCUCUUCAAAAAAGGCGAUAAAACUAAAUUAAGCAAUUACAGACCAAUCAGCCUGUUGUCUGUCAUGUACAAAGUAUUUAUAAAAAUAAUAACAGAAAGAUUGACCAACAAACUUGACAGUUACCAGCCUAAAGAGCAAGCCGGAUUUAGAAGAGGUUUCAGCACACUAGAUCAUCUGCAAGUAGUAAGAACAGUUAUAGAAAAGACAAAUGAAUACAAUAUCCCAAUCUGGGUCGCUUUUAUUGACUAUGAAAAAGCUUUUGACUCUGUAGAGAUAUGGGCUGUAUUGAAGGCAUUAAGCAACAGCAGAGUCGACUAUCGAUGCACAACCUUAAUCCAAAAUAUAUAUAGCAACGCAACCCUCCAAGUUAUGUUGAAAGAUUUCACAGAUAAGAUUGAUAUAGGCAGAGGAGUUAGACAAGGAGAGUCCAUCUCACCGAAGCUGUUCACGCUUGCGUUGGAGGAUAUGUUCAAGAAUAUCGGAUGGGAAACUAAGGGCAUUAAAAUAAAUGGAGAAUACUUAAGUCACCUACGGUUUGCUGACGAUAUUGUUCUCUUCGCGGAUAAUCAACAAGAUUUGCAAGACAUGCUAUUGGAACUAGAUCAAAACUCUAAAAAGAUAGGCCUCAAGAUGAAUAUAGGAAAAACCAAAUAUAUGACGAACGAUAAUAUCACACAAGAAACGAGAAUCGAAAUAGAUAACAAAAAAAUAGAACACACAGAAUCCUAUGUUUAUCUAGGUCAGAAAAUAGAAGUUUCAAAAAACAACUUAAAAGCAGAACUACCGCGAAGGAUAUCGUUGGCAUGGACAGCCUUUGGAAGACUCAGAGAGGUUUUUUGUUCAGGCCUCCCAAACACCCUCAAAGCGCAAAUCUUCGAUCAAUAUGUACUUCCAACACUAACAUACGGUACAGAAACAUGGGCAAUUAAUAAAGAAAUCAUUUGCAAGCUACAAACAACACAACGAGCUAUGGAAAGGAGGAUGAUAGGUGUAACCCUCCGGGACCGAAUAAACAAUAAUAUAAUCCGGGAAAGAUCAAAAGUGACAGAUGUCAUAGAGAGAUUAUGUAGACUGCGAUGGAGCUGGGCAGGACAUAUAGCCAGGAGCAAAGAUGAUCGUUGGACACGCAGAGUGAUGGAGUGGAGACCAUGGAGCAGUAAGAGGAGCAGAGGACGCCCCCAGACUAGGUGGACAGAUGAUAUAAAGAGACUGGUGGGAGACAAUUGGAUGUGGCAUGCGCAGGAUAGAAAGGAGUGGCAAUGCUUAGGGGAGGCGUACGUCCGACGAUGGAUGGAUAGCUGA